CACUUCUAACGCCCGGAGCGAAUUUUUAUUACUUCCUUUCCUCCUCCCUCCUCCUUCCACCUUCACACAUCAACUCUCCUGGCUUUGUUCAUAGUAUCUCCUAUAUUCAGCCAUCAUGUCUGACGAAGUCUACGAAGGAGCCAUCGGCAUUGACCUUGGCACGACCUACUCUUGCGUUGCCAACUAUGAAGGCACCAAUGUCGAAAUCAUUGCCAACGAGCAGGGUAGCUACACUACCCCCUCUUUUGUCUCCUUUACCGACAAGGAGCGCCUGAUUGGUGAGGCCGCAAAGAACCAGGCUGCGAUGAACCCGCAGAACACCGUCUUUGAUAUCAAGCGUCUCAUUGGCCGACGCUACGAAGACCCGAUUGUGAAGAAAGAUGUUGAGUCUUGGCCCUUCAAGGUCGUCGACCAGGGAGGAAACCCUGUUGUGGAAGUCGAAUACCUCGGCGAAAACAAGACCUUUACUCCCCAGGAAAUCUCGUCUAUGGUCCUUAUGAAGAUGAAAGAAGUUGCGGAGACCAAGCUCGGAAAGAAGGUGGAGAAGGCUGUUAUUACCGUGCCAGCUUACUUCAACGACAACCAGCGCCAGGCUACCAAGGACGCUGGUGCCAUUUCUGGCCUGAAUGUUCUGCGAAUCAUCAACGAGCCCACCGCUGCAGCGAUUGCCUAUGGUCUUGGUUCCGGAAAAUCUGACAAGGAGCGUAACGUGCUGAUUUAUGACCUGGGUGGUGGUACUUUCGAUGUGUCUUUGUUGAACAUCCAGGGCGGUGUUUUCACUGUCAAGGCUACUGCUGGUGACACCCACCUUGGUGGUCAAGACUUUGACACCAACCUCCUUGAGCACUUCAAGAAAGAAUUCCAGAAGAAGACCGGAAAGGACUUGUCUGGUGACGCUAGGGCUCUUCGUCGCCUGAGAACGGCUUGUGAACGUGCCAAGCGUACGCUGUCCAACGCCACCCAGACCGCCGUUGAGAUCGACUCUCUUUUCGACGGAGAGGAUUUCAACACUUCCAUCACUCGUGCUCGUUUCGAGGAUCUCAACGCCAAGAGCUUUGCUGGUACCUUGGACCCGGUCCAGCAAGUCCUUAAGGACUCUGGACUUGCUAAGAGCCAGGUUGAUGAGAUCGUUCUCGUCGGUGGUUCCACUCGUAUUCCCCGUAUCCAGAAGCUCCUUAGCGACUUCUUCGAUGGCAAGAAGCUUGAGAAGAGCAUCAACCCCGACGAAGCUGUUGCUUACGGUGCAGCUGUGCAGGCUGGUAUCCUCUCUGGAAAGGCCACUUCUGCUGAAACCCAGGACCUUCUGCUCCUUGAUGUUGUCCCUCUCUCGCUUGGUGUUGCUAUGGAAGGUAACAUCUUCGCGCCCGUCGUUGCACGUGGCCAGACCGUUCCUACCAUCAAGAAGCGCACUUUCACCACCGUCGUUGACAACCAGACCACUGUUCAGUUCCCUGUUUUCCAGGGUGAGCGCACUAACUGCUCGGACAACACCUCCCUUGGCGAGUUCACGCUGGCUCCUAUUCCUCCCAUGAGGGCUGGUGAGGCUGCACUUGAGGUUGUCUUCGAGGUUGAUGUCAACGGUAUCUUGAAGGUUACCGCAACCGAGAAGUCUUCUGGACGUACCGCAAACAUUACUAUCUCGAACGCUGUCGGUAAACUCUCGACCAAUGAGAUUGAGCAGAUGAUCGACGAUGCCGCCAAGUUCAAGUCCAGCGAUGAAGCUUUCACGAAGAAAUUUGAAUCGCGCCAGCAGCUCGAGUCUUACAUCUCUCGUGUCGAAGAGCUUGUCUCGGACCCGUCCAUGUCCAUGAAGUUGAAGCGUGGCAACAAGGAAAAGAUUGAGUCCGCGCUCAGUGACGCCAUGGCCCAGCUUGAAGUUGAGGAUUCCACCCCCGACGACCUCAAGAAGAAGGAGCUUGCCCUCAAGCGUCUCAUGACUAAGGCCAUGGCUACCAGGUAAAUGUAAAUAUUGCUAGAUCCUGGUACCAAUAGCAGAGGGGUUGGCUGUAUGCUUUCAUAUGCAAGUGUGAAAGCCCCGAUCUUGACUAUUGAUCGAAAGUUAUUAAUCUGAUUAAAAGCGCCGUCCCGCUUAUGACCCUUUUUGGGAUUGAGACUCUUUGUUAUGAUUGGGUACUGUCUUCCUGGAUGAACGAGACCGCCCUGGGCAGUUUAUGAUUUUGAUGAGCCUGGCAUACUGGUGGAUCUGGUCAGAUCUUGAGUUUGAUUUCUAAUUUGUUCUUUGUUUCCUUUUACUUCAAAUUGUUCACAUAUUAGACCCAGUCAGACGACUGUAAGGUGUUGACAAAAGAAUAAAAAGUGGUUUAGUUGUU